AUGGGCUACUUGGUGGAUCUUGCCAUUCCUGCAGGGAAUUCCUUUGAUAUUUUCUGCGAUAUAUUAAAUGAAUGUAGAAUUUGUAAUACUGUAGUUAGGUUAAAGUCGUUUAGAAGUGUUUCCAGCUCAGGUAAUCCUGCGAGUUUCGUUUAUAACAUACUCUCGAAGCACUCGGAAAGGGCUAAGGAUUGCAAAAGAAGCGUAGUCGUGUUUCAUUAUUUUGAUUUGUGGGCCACGUCAACCACUCUACAAGAGGAAUAUAGUAAUACAGGACACAGUGGUCCUAGUAAGUAUGAAGAAUAUCUGAAACAGAUUAGGGUUGCUGAAAAUACCACUGAAAAACUCAGCAAGUGUGAAAGUAACUGGACAUAUAAGCUACUCUACUGGAUUCGCUACUCACUGAUAUUUCUGCUGAACGAGAAGUUCUCCCACGAACUUGUGUGUAUAUGCAUAUACGGAAACUCAUCCACAAAAGGUUUCUUUGGUGAUAUUUUCACAGAAUCAUAUGAUUUACAUGAAUUCACAAAGAGUACCAUAUUCAACGACCUUGGAUUAGACGAAAGUCUGUUUAAGCGAAGAUUAUCUGUGGAGAAAUGUCAGAUUUCCAAACAAAUUGAAAGAGAGUUCGAUGCUUUGACGAACGAUUUGUUUCAAGAUAUAUCAAAUGUAGAUGAGACAUCUUAUGGAGGAAUAUUCAAUGCUUCGAAUUUAAAUAUUCCAUUUAAUGUAGACUGCACUAGUUUGAAUCUAUCAGAGGUAACACUAAUUUGUGGCGAAGAAGGAUCUGGCAAAAGUACAUUACUAAAAGCAAUUUCAAAAGCGUGGUAUAAUCAGAUCGCAAAAUCAACUGCAAAACAAAAUUUUCAAUUGUCAAAUAUUAAAAGAGGGCAUAUUUUUAAUCUGGAAUAUUAUGAACUGGUUAGCCAUCUUGUAGGUUGCGGUGAAGCAUAUAUUAGAGACGUAUUUGCAAAUGCAAGAUAUAAUAAACCUUCCCUUGUUCUACUAGACGGUAUAGAAUUAAUAUUUGAGAACGAACAGUUGGAAGAAAAUAGGGCAAUACCUUCUACAGUAUCAAAAACACUCUUGAAUGAAUUAUCAAACAUUGAGGAAGGCGUAAAAUUCGUUUCAUGUACAAGCGGAAAUGUCUUAAUAAGUGAUUUAUCUAGAGAUUUUCAAAGUGUUGUUACAGACGUUAUACUUUUAUCCAAGAAAGAUUUAAAUUAA